AUGGCUUCGGCGGCCCACUGUCCGCUAUUAGGCUGUGAAAGACAAUUGGUAGGAUCUCGUACUCGGGGGAAAAACCUACGACAAGCCAGGGUGAGAGACUACCUCUACUAUGCCACGAAAAUCUGGUUGACUCUUACGCUGAAGUCUGACGAGUCGAGCUUGCUGGACGUGGCAAAGCAGUUCGACUUCAUUUCACCCGUCCGUAUGGAGCCUGGCACGCGGCAAGGCGAACCGACACAUCUCGAAUCUCCCAAGCAAGGCGGGCUGAAGCUACUGGAGCGCCUUCUAGGCCUACGAAAUGACAACAUAGUGUCCACCGAUGCCGUCUUUGUGUCUCUUGAUCUUGAGGUAGACGCAGAUCGACAGAAAUUACACCUAUUGACCGAGGAGCCGGUCGUUAGACAACUAGGUUUCGCGAGUCUGGACACGCGAGAUAUUCACGCCUCAUCCUUGCAUCAGCAUAAUCUGAGGAGCUUGAUAUCAGCUCAGAUGUUUCAGACUACCCCUAAGCCAUAA